AUGGGCCAUCCGGAUGGAGAAGUGGCGCAGGCAGCUCGUCUCCGAGGAGAGGCAGAAGCUACCUUUGCCCGGCGGCAGGCGCAGCAGCGCUACAGCCGGGCAGAACUCAAAGCAACGUCCCAUUCCGGAGUUCACACGGGGGACUUAGUCUUCUACUGGCCCUCCCAGCUGUAUGGCAAGAAGGUUGGGGGUACCAGAAUCCAAACUGGGCGCGCAGCUGGCUACGCAGGGCCGGCCAGAAUCUUGGCCCUGGAGACACGGCGGGAUCAGGACAACAAGAUCCGAGCCAGCAGUGUGGUUUGGCUGGUGCGCAAUAACAGACUCCUGAAGGCCUCAGUGGAGCAGCUUCGCUUCGCUUCAGCCCGUGAAGAAUUACUUCAUGACUUCGAGAGGCCAAGUUCUCUGCCCUGGACCAUGACAGAGCUGACGAGUCCCCUCACCAAGGAAGAGUACGAGGACAUCACGGCCGAGGUCCCGAGCGAGGCCGACAAGGACGAACAUGGUGAGGCACCGCGAUGGCGACCACCUGAACGACGAGUACGACAAAAGCGUGCACCUGACCUUCAACCUCUUCCUGAACAAGGACCAGACGUUCCCCAGGCACCCGAAGUGGAAAUGGAGCAGGGCGCCGCUAGACACGACGACGUGGAGUCCCCCAGAGCGAGGACAAGGUCUCCGCCACGGGCACGGGCACCACGAGCUUCUUCUUCUCAAGAACACAGUUUCUGGGCACAGGAGACCGCAGCUGUGGCAUUGGAAAUCCCCAUGCCAACCACGCGACAUGGCUGGAAACUGGCCUCCCGAGACCUGGAGACCUACCUGGCCAGUGCCCUCAAGAAGAAGAGCGUCGAGGUCUAUGAAAAGAACAUGGAUCCCGGCACCAAAGAGCGCUUUGCAGCGGGAAGUGAAAAAGAGGCCAUGCGGAUGCGGUGGAUUCUGUCCUGGAAAACAGACCAUUCCGGGACCACUUCGCCAAAAGCGAGAGCAGUCGUCCUGGGCUAUCAGGACCCGAAUUACGAGCACCGCAUCACAUAUGCGCCAACCACCACUCGUCACACGAGACAGCUCAUGCUUCAGAUGGCUGCGUGCAAGAACUGGCACGCCUGGAAGGGCGACGUGUCAGCAGCCUUUUUACAAGGCCGAGAAUGCGGCUAUGAUCUGUACUGUAUUCCCACUCCUGAGUUGUGCGAAGGGAUGGGAAUACCAAAAGAAAGUGUGGCGCGACUUCGUAAAGCUUGUUACGGCUUGGUACAAGCUCCGUAUGAGUGGUAUGAAACGGUGAGAGCCUUUCUGUUGGAAAGUGGGUUCUAUCAGUGUGCCACUGACCCGUGUUGUUGGGUCCUGCAGGUUGAGGGCCGUGUCCAUGCCAUCAUCUCCGGUCAUGUUGAUGAUUUUAUGAUGAUAG